CAUAUAUGCGAUAUAGCCGAUCGGGGGAUUCAGUCUCCUCGCGAUGCUCUGGCGUGAUCUUCGCCCAGCCGAUACGAUCCCAUCUUUUUCUCUCUCUUUUACAAUUUCGGGUGUGUAAACUGCGAUAGUAUGGAAAAUUUUAAAAUGAAAAUACAAUAAAAUAUAUAAAAAUGUUUGAAUAACAACAAUAAAUACUCAAUGACCAAAAACACAAAAGCAUCUGUAAUUGAUGGAUCUGCUGGCAUGACCAAAAUAUAAUUAGCAGCAAAAGAAGCCGGCGAAACUCAACAAUCAACAAAACAUUAAAUCACAACGCGAUUAUUCCAGUGGGCGUGGCUGUGGGCGUUUCCGUGUGUGUGAGCGUUUGUUUUGGCUGCUGACAAAAGUGCAAUUGGAAUCGGAUCCGAGUGGAGAAUCGGAAAAUCGAGGAAAACGCAACCGAUACGGGCCAAACUCAAGUGGCCAGGAUAGGCGGCUAAAAGAAGGCAGAGGCGGCGGAAGAGGCGGAGGCGGGCGGGGGAGGCGUGGCAGGACCUCUGUCAAUGGUGACAAUGUCCUUGACGUCGACGUCGACUGAGGCAGCGACAGCGGCAGCGACGCUGGGAAAUGCUACUGUUGGCGAAAUGUUUUCGGAUGCGGAUAUGGCGGAAGUGCGGCAUGUUGUCCAACGCAUUUUGGUGCCGUGCGUUUUUGUUAUUGGACUAUUGGGAAAUUCAGUGAGCAUUUAUGUUUUGACGCGAAAGCGCAUGAGGUGCACCACGAACAUUUAUCUAACGGCUUUGGCCAUCACGGACAUUGCGUACCUGACCUGUCAAUUAAUCCUAUCACUCCAGCACUACGAUUACCCCAAGUACCAUUUGGAAAUUUACUAUCAACUGUAUGGCUAUUUCGUCUGGCUGUGCGACAGUUUUGGUUACAUCUCGAUUUACAUUGCCGUGUGCUUCACCAUCGAGCGAUUCAUAGCGAUACGUUAUCCACUCAAGAGACAAACAUUCUGCACGGAAUCGCUGGCCAAGAAGGUGAUAGCAGCCGUGGCUGUCUUCUGUUUGCUGUCCACGCUCUCAACGGCAUUCGAGCACACAAUUACGGUCGGUUGGAAGCUGAUUGAUGACGCCUACCAGCCGUGCAACCAAACGGUGGCCAACUUCUCGCCCACGCCCCCUAUUCCGUCCUUUGCCGUGGCCACGCCCCCACUGGCCACGCCCCCGCUGCCCACGCCGGCGACCAUUUCGCAGCACUUCAGCACGGAGGCGUCGACCGCCGGCAGCUCGAAUCUGCUCGUCGACUGGGGAAGUGGCAGUGGUGACGGAGAACCAGAGAACAUUCCACGACAACGCCGGCACUGGCAGUCAUCUGGAUUUGUGACGCUUCCCAAUUUGAGGCAAACGCUAGAGGAACAGGAUCAAGAUGAGGCGGUGGAGGAGCCGGGGUCAAGGGUCACCGAAAGUAUGCUGCAGUUGUUGCGACGCAAACGAAACAACAACGACAACAGCAACAACAACAACAAUAACAAUAACAACAACAACACGGAUGCAUUCGCAUUUAAUGUAACGGAAUACUGUCAAAAUGUCACUAUUUACAAUCAUGGAACUUCGGAGCUGGGCAAGGAUGAGCUGUACAGUAAUCUGUGGAAUAUGUUUACACUGCUGGUUUUUGUAGUCUUCCCAUUGCUUUUACUGGCCACCUUUAACUCAUUUCUCAUUCUACUGGUGCAUCGUUCAAAAAGUCUGCGUGGCGAUCUGACCAAUGCGAGCAGCAUAAGGCGAACCAAACGCAAAUCAAAUUCCGGGAUUAAGGGCAGCGUAUCGCAGGAGAAUCGGGUGACGAUCACAUUGAUUGCGGUGGUGCUGAUGUUCAUAUUUUGCCAACUGCCAUGGGCCAUUUAUUUGAUAUUGUCCCAGUAUAUGGACUUCCAAAUAGGUACACAGGUGGUAGCGGGCAAUGUCUGCAAUCUUCUGGCCUCCCUGCAUGCGGCCUCCAAUUUUUUCUUAUACUGUGUGCUGUCCGAUAAAUAUCGAAAGACAGUGCGCGAACUAAUCACUGGGUAUCGCUAUAGACGUCGACAUGCCCGCAAUAAUACGAGUCUAUAUGUGCCACAUACGACGACUACACUGACGCAAAUAAAUGGUGACCACUAUGGUAGUAAUUAUGGCGGAGCCGGAAGUCGUCGAAGUCGCAACACGAGUCGCCUGAUAACGUAAAAAGUCGAUGUAUUCAAUAUACUGGUUGAACUCCAUGAGAAGCGUACAAAGUUACGAUUCACCGGACAAUAAAGGGCUUCAAAUUUGCCAGCAGAUCACACGGAAUCACAAGUGAUUCGGUUGGGAAUCAAAAGUGAUUCGAUUCAACCGUGAUUAGCAGAAAAUUUAAUUUGUUAUAUCAAUCGAUAACUAUGUGUAUCACUCUCUCUCUAUAUACAUAUAUAUGUAUAUAUAUAUAUAGUAUAUAUUACAUAACAUACAUUGUGCCAUAAUGUGAUGAUUAUAGAUUUAUGCUAGUUAACCUAAACGUAAUUGUUGUCCUAAGUACUAAACGCAUCAAAUCAAAUACACGCAAUACACAUACACACACAAAUAAACAAAGAGAGUUUGCUAUUUGCCUGUCCCACGGGGCGUAUGAAUAACCCACCGAUGCAUAUUAAUUUUGGUGCGCAAUGUAUCGUUGGAAACCGUGGAAUAUCGGGGGUCCUCAGUUGAAAGUCCUGCGAGACUGUGGCUCACCAAAAAGGACAAAGGCCGGUGGAUACAAAAAAAACUGGGUGCCAAUGAAGCAACAGGAGAAGAAACAGAACAUUCUAUAUGCCGAAGUCGACGUUUCAAGUUCUCUUAAGCCAAACAAUUUAGUUUAUU